CAUCUUGACUGCAGUGGAAGUCUCGCAGCCAGUCUCGUUUUGGCCUCCAGCUGGGCACCAUGAAGGCUGCAGUCCCCCUGAUACUGGCCAUGCUCUGCGGCCUGGCCUGGGCCGCUAAAAGGGACCCUAAAGAGCCAGAGCCCCUCCUGGAGCCGGAGGAAGAGAUGGAGGAAGAGAUGGAAGAAGAGAUGGAGGCCCCGACUAGCAACCUGUACUCAGCACCCAACUCCUGCCAUGGCCGCUGCCGCGAGUCCUUCGACAAGCACCGCCCAUGCCACUGCAAUGCCCGCUGCCCAGAGUUUGGGAACUGCUGCGAGGAUUUCGAGAGCCAGUGUGGCCACGAGGGGUUCUCCCACAGCAGUGACACCAUAACCAAGAAGGAGUUGCAGGCCACCUCUGAGAAGAUCUAUAGGGCGGAUGCCAACAAAGCCCAGAAGGAAGACAUCAUUCUCAACAGUCAAAGCUUCAUCUCGCCCUCCGAAACCAGAGACCAAGUGGACCACAGCCCAGAGCCGCUCUUUACAUACGUCAAUGAGAAGCUGUUCUCCAAGCCGACCUACGCAGCCUUCAUCAACCUCCUCAACAACUACCACCGGGCAACGGGCCACGGGGAGCACUUCAGUGCCGAGCAGCUGGCCGAGCAGGACACCUUCCUCAGAGAGGUCAUGAAGACAGCAGUCAUGAAGGAGCUCUAUCGCUUCCUCCAGCACCAGAACCGCUACAGCUCAGAACAAGAGUUUGUCGAUGACUUGAAGAACAUGUGGUUUGGGCUCUAUUCAAGAGGCGUUGAAGAGGGGGACUCAAGUGGAUUUGAACACGUCUUCUCAGGUGAAGUCAAAAAAGGCAAGGUCACGGGCUUCCAUAACUGGAUUCGCUUCUACCUGCAAGAGAAGAAGGGCCUGGUUGACUAUUAUAGUUACAUCUACGAUGGGCCUUGGGAGUCUUAUCCUGACGUGUUAGCCAUGCAGUUCAACUGGGAUGGCUACUAUAAGGAAGUGGGCUCAGCUUUCAUCGGCAGCAGCCCUGAGUUUGAGUUUGCACUCUACUCCCUGUGCUUCAUCGCCAGGCCAGGCAAAACGUGCCAGUUAAGCCUGGGUGGACACCCCUUGGCCAUCCAGACCUAUUCCUGGGACAAGUCCACCUACGGAAAUGGGAAGAAGUACAUUGCUACAGCCUACGUGGUGUCUUCUACCCGAUAG